UGGCGGAAGGUUCUGGGGAGAUGGAGAGUAAGAGCGCGAUCUACCGGGUUCUGCAGGACUUCCUGGGCCAACAGACUUCAGACCCACUCGUAAAGGAUGCCGUCUCCUGGUUUUACUCUCUACAGCGACCGCUCGACUACACCUCACUCGCACAGGCUCUGGGCAACGCCACCCGUGACUAUUUCAUCACCUGCCCUGUGGUGAGGAUGGCCGAUCACUGGGCCAGCAACAGCCAGGCCAGCGUUUACCUGUACCACGUACCGGACAGACUCUCCCACUGCAGCAGUGAGGACCUUGUGAGCAGUGAGGACCUUGUGAGCAGUGAGGACCUUGUGAGCAGUGAGGACCUUGUCCGCAGCAGGAUGGACCUUCCCCUGGAUGUACAGCUGAUGUUAGGGCUUCCCCUGCGCCCAGACCGAGAGCAGCGUUACACAGCGAGUGAGCGCGCCCUGUCUCUCGCUGUCACACAGUAUCUCGCUAACUUCGUCACGUCGGGGAACCCUAACCCUGUGGGAGGGGUGUCUGGUCCAUGUGCCCCCGGCUCCCUGCCAGCCUGGCCCCCAGUUACCACCAGCGGCCCCCGGGCUGGCAGCUACAUAGAGCUAACGUGUGGCCUGGAGAGUCACAGGGGCCUGAGGAGGGAUGCCUGCUCCUUCUGGACCGACUACAUCCCCACGCUCCGGACCUACACAGUGGGAACUGUGGCCGGUGAUGGUGGGGGGGCCACAGCCCAGCCAAGCCCCCCACAGCACGGAGAACCCUACAGCUGA